GGUGAUUUGACGUCAUGUACAAAACAUAACAUUCUGUCAGAAUCGACUGUUUAGAUAAAUAUAGAAAUGGCAACACAAUCACAGGUGUUGUUUGAAAAAGAUAGUGUUUUCAUCCAUGUUAAUGUAAAUUCACACCAUUCAGACAAAGAUGCACACAUUCCAGGAAAAGUGUUUAUAAUACAAAAGCCUGAGGGAGUAUUUAUAGAAUGGAAGGCAGAAGAGAUACUGCAGGUAGAUGGUCAGAAUGAACAUGAAUGGGCAGUUAUAGGAUCAUCUUUAUCUGUUGGCUAUAAACCAGAUACAGGGUCAGGGUCAGAUGUUCCUACAAAAGAAGAAGCAAGAAGAAAAUAUAAUAUAAGUUUUGAUAUCUUGGAUUUAAAAAGUUUUAAGAGGAAUGCACCAAACCAUGGAUGGGCCUAUGUGAUAUUUAUACUGAAGGAUGGGACCACAUAUCCAGCUUUACAUUUCCAUAGUGGUGGUAGUAAAGCCAUGCUACAAUUUUUAGGGAAAACUCUUCACAUUCAGAGGUCACCAAAGGAUAAUAGAUUAUUCAUUGUACAAGAACAUGAUCCUGAUAUGCUGUCCAAGUCCUUUGAUGAACUCAAUUUGUUUGCUGACUCUCAAGGAGACCUUGUAACUAAAUUUAUUAAAGAUCCAUACACAACAUCAUUAGCAGGAUUUUCCAAGGUCACAAAUUUCCUGAAAGAUGUGUUGUUACAACCUGAUGCCCAGAUUCCAAGACAGCGAGAGGAGGUAGCAGAUAUCCUCAGUGAGGACAUUCCUGGAAUGGAAAUAAGUAACCAAGAUGAACCAGGUUAUGAACUUAUAACGAAGACAAAAUUACCCAGCAGACCUUCAGUAUCCAGAGGUACUCCACUUACAGGAGAGCAAUGGUCUAAACAUAUGGAUAGCGAUGGCAAAAUAAAAGAUAUAGAUAAACUUAAAGAUGUAAUAUUUAGAGGGGGAGUCGAUCCAGCAUUAAGAAUAGAUGUAUGGAAAUUCUUGCUAGGUUAUUAUAAUUGGCAGUCAACAUAUAAAACUCGGACAGAUGAAAGAAAAAGACGGGUAGAUGAUUAUUUUAGAAUGAAGUUACAAUGGAAGACUAUAACUGCUGAACAAGAAAAAAGAUUUGCUAUGUUAAGAGAGAGGAAAUGUCUUAUUGAGAAAGAUGUAACAAGGACAGACAGAACGCAUAAAUUUUUUGGAGGAGAAUGUAAUCCUAAUCUACAAGUGUUAAAUGAUAUUCUGAUGACAUACUGUAUGUACAACUUUGAUUUAGGUUAUGUUCAGGGAAUGAGUGAUUUACUGUCUCCGGUACUGGUUGUCAUGGAGAAUGAAGUAGAUGCUUUUUGGUGCUUUGCUGGAUUAAUGGAACGAGUGUGUAGUAAUUUUGAAAUGGACCAAGGUGGAAUGAAGCAUCAGCUGGCACAAAUACACAAACUGAUGCAGCAUACAGAUCCUGAAUUAUGUAGUUAUCUAGAGAGCCAUGAUUCUGGUAACUUUUAUUUCUGUUUCCGGUGGAUAUUGAUAUUAUUUAAACGAGAAUUUUCUUUUCCUGAUGUUCAGAGAUUAUGGGAGGUUCUUUGGACAGACAGACCUUGCCAGAAUUUUCAUCUCAUUAUUUGCUUAGCCAUACUAGAUACAGAAAAAUCUACGCUUAUAGAAAACAAAUUUGGAUUUACUGAAAUUUUAAAGCAUAUCAAUGAUAUGACUGGCGCCAUACAUUUGGAAGAAACACUGAAGAAGGCAGAAUCCAUCUUUCUACAAUUGAAAGAGAGUAAAAAGUUACCUAACCAUCUGAAAGAAAUCCUCGGAUUUGAAGUGUCACCUGAUAAUUCUGCAUCAAGUUCAAACAAAACAACACCAUCAAGUACCCCUGUGUUCCCAGAAGUAGUUCAAACUGCAAGUCCAGUCAAAACAACUCCAGAAAAUACCCAAGUGUUCCCUGCAAUAGUGCCAAAAUUAGAACUAUCUGCACGUCUUCAAACCAGUAUACAGACAAAUGGCUACAGUAAUUCCAGUUCAGGAAGUGGGACAGCUGUCAGUACACCAAACAAUGAUAGUAGUAUUGAGAUAUUGUCAGACAACUGUGACAUGUCUGUCAAUAACUUUUAUAACUGAUUUGUUUUGAAAUUAAAUUGUUUUUCAGAUGGGCUUUCAAUUGGAAGUUUAUGGUUGUUCUAGUCUUGUUUUUAGAAUUAGACCUACCCACUUUCAGACUAGUUGAUUUAGAAUAAGUAUCCUAUUAGAAAUAUUCCUGCUACAGUAAGUGUGCCUAAAAGAUGCACUGAUUUAAGAAUAAUGUUGGCAGAUAGAUUAAAAGUUGUGAAGGAAUUUCAUCAAGCCUGUAACAAAUUUGUUCAUAGCUUUUGACUUUAAUAUAAGCAUUAUUAAUGAUAAACAUCACAUGUCACUUUUAAGCUUUACUUGUAUAGAUUAACAGCAAGAUAGAAUAAUGAAAAGAGUAUGUUUGUUUCAUUUGGCAUAUAUCAAGGUGUAACUGUUUUUUCAUGUAUCAAAUAUUUUAUCUAACAUUACCUCUUUGUAAUUAAUUUUUGCGUCUAGUCUGUUAUUUAAUAAUUAAUUAUAUUGUAACUUUAUGUAUAAUGAACUGUGAUAAAGGACAUUCAGAAUCAAGCCAGAUUACAAUCAGACAUGGGGUCAAUUACUUUUGAAAGUAAUUAAUUAAUCUUCAAUUAAAUUACACAUUACAUUUGACUUUUUUUUUACAAUGUAAUUAAUUACUUUCCAAUUACUUGGCAAAUGUAAUUAAUUACUUCAAUUACUUUUGAAAGGAAAAUUUAGAACAUGCAUUUAUUCUAUCAUAUGUACAUAAUUAUCAUAUAUUGCUUUAUAGUAAUAACAAAUGAGAUCUACAGUGACUAUUUUCAAAUUCAGCCAGUAUCAAAGAAGAGUAAAAGUUAAAUAUCUUGUGUGUUACAGGAAUAAAGAAAAAACAAACAUAAAUCUGAAGUGCACAUAAUACUUUGUCUAUCAGGAAUGGUUAGGACUAGAUGUCUGGUUUAAUUUAAUGCGCAAAAUGAUAAAAAGCCUUAUUCAAUAUUUGCAAAAUAUUAAAUUUUGUUUAAUUACCUAUUGAAAUUUUAUGUUUUAAUGUAUUUCAUUGAAAAUAAUACAAGAAGAGAGACCUAUAGAUAAAAUUUUAUUUUUUUUAUUUUGAUCAAAACUUAUUAAAAUUAUUUUUCCUAAAGAAAUGAUUUAGAAAGUCUGACUUUUUUAAAAAUAUAAUGUAGUUUUAAUCACAAUUAAUUAAUUUUAAAAAAAAUCAUGUACCUAGGGGUAUAUUUAUCUCUCUCUAAUUGGCUUAACACCUGUUUAACAUGCAAACAUAACUGUUGUAAAAACAGUCAUUAUAUAGUUUAUGAUAAAACAAAUAGCCAGAGGUUAUAUUUAUUGAUUGACUUAUGACCUUUCAAAUUGAUUAUGUUAAAUCAAUGUCUAACAAUAUCCAUCUGAAUAUACAUGUAGGUAACAAGCUAAUUAAGGUAUAAGACAGUGACUUACUAAUGGUUUCUUUUAAACACAAAUUAUGGCAUGUUUCUACAAUAUUUUUUUUUCUUUUUAAUUUUUUGUUCAUU